AUGUCCUCCAAGUCAGGCUGGCCCCGUCUUCUCGAGGCGGACCGCCCCCCGCCUAUCUACGCCUUCAACAACCUCAAAAUAUUUAUCAAGGGCAACAUCAGCGAUAGCAUCAUCGUCGUACUUAACGUGGAGCAUAUUAAUUUCGAAAAAGCAGACUACCAGACCUUGGUAGAAGCGAUCGAAGCCCAGCACAUCAUCACAACAGAGUUCAAGGACAUUACGGAGGAAACGUGCCCCAACCCGGAUCACCUGCCCGAGGAUCCAAGGUGGGAAUUCAACCACAUUGCAAGGCCAUACCACGGACAAUUCACAAAGUCCGUGUUCAAAUGCCGAGCAGAUGCCAUGGAGGAUCUUUACCACUACAUGCGGUCAUUAACGACAAAGGACCUCACCGAGCAAGAGCGAAAGGAGGGGUCUCAGAGGGAGAUCAAGGUCCUCUUCUGGGACUCCCGACUAGAAGAGCGUCUCUUCAAGCAAACGCGCCUAGACCUGGCGGAGUUGGGGGGAAAUAUUGAACUUUGGGACCUGCAGAUCUGGCAGCCCUUCGAUCACCGCUUCCGGCAGAUUCGUCCAUUCUUCCCACCCGAGUCCUGGGAGCUGCGCCGCCCUCAUCGCACGAAGGCCAAGACGGUCUUCCACUCCCUCGGUAUUGCAGGCAUCUAUCUCCACAACGCAGCCAACGACAACGUUGCGGAGGUCCUUACCCUGCUCUCGUUCAUCACGAUGACAGAGCAAGAGUGGGACACUUGGCAUACCAGGAAGGAAGACCUGCCACCCAAAGCACAUGCCUCGUGGGACCAAAUGCAGGCAACCUUUUCGCAUAAUUAUGCCCAGCGGCCCACUCGAUCCCGGUUUUCGGAAGAGGACCUUGCUUGGGCGAAAUCAGACGCCCGCAUUGCGCGCCAGAUGGAAAGGAUCAGGAGGCUUGAAGAGGCGGGUGAAACAGAUAUUAUCUGGGACGACGAGGCGGUGGAGGUGGACAUAAAAACUUCAGAAUGGGAUAUUGGUGAUAGUUGGAAAUUCUAUUCUUAG